GAAGAGAGGGCUGAUGAGAGCAAACUGACUGACAGAGGGGGAAGGGGAGGCUCACUGAGCGAUAUAUUGGGUGUAGCAGAGAAAUAAAAGCAAAUGUGUGCCAGUCAGCUGGAGACGGAGUGAGCAGAGAGAAAUACAGAGAGAGGGAGGAAGAGGGAAACAGGAAAACGGGGCAGGCUGGUAUUAUAAGCGCUGUCGAGGUAGAAGGAGGGGAGCUGUGCACGCUGAGGCUGUGAGGAGCCUCAAGCAGGUUGUUCUCUGUGAUUCUGUCUCGGCCUCAUGUGAGGAACAAAACAAAACAGAAGAGGGAAUUAUUUGAGAGAACUGUUUCCUCUCUCCCCCUCCAACCUCUCCGCAGCCUCCUGCCGCCUCUGAAUGAUUGAAGCCAUGCCCAUCGUAUCUGCAAGCACAGGGCUGCAUGAGAUCCUGGCUCUGCUCACGUCUCAGCUUCACCCUGAUGCCAACCACAAAGAAGACCUGGUCUUCCUCAAAGAUGUCUUCAGCGAGAAAAGCAUUGGAUACCUCAUGAAGAUCCAUGAAAAACUGAAGCAGUAUGAGAAACACAGCCCCACUCCAGUCCUGCACAGUGCCUCCUGUUUGGCAGAGGAUCUAGCAGAAGAGCUUCAGAAUGGGCCACUGGAGGAUGAUGAGCAAGAACUGCUGCUCCUCUUGAGCACUCCUCAUCUCAAGGCAGUGCUAUCGGCUCAUGACACAGUGGCUCAAAAGAAAUUUGACCCUGUGCUGCCACCGCUCCCAGACGAUCUGGACGAUGACCUGGAGGAAGAGUCUGUGAAGAUCGUUCGGCUGGUGAAGAACAAGGAGCCACUGGGAGCGACUAUUCGGAGAGAUGAAGCAACAGGAGCUGUAAUUGUGGCCCGAAUCAUGAGGGGAGGCGCAGCUGACCGGAGUGGUCUGGUGCAUGUAGGGGAUGAGCUUCGAGAGGUCAACGGAAACCUGAUAACCCACAAAAGGCCAGAUGAAAUUAGUCAGAUACUGUCCCAAUCACAAGGCUCCAUCACACUGAAAAUCAUCCCAGCUGUUGCAGAUGACGAUAAAAUGAAAGAAAGCAAGGUCUACAUCCGGGCUUUAUUUGAUUACACACCUUUUGAGGACAAAGCAACCCCGUGCCAGGAGGCAGGACUUCCCUUUAAACGGGGUGACGUUCUUCAGGUUGUUAGCCAGGAGGACCCCACCUGGUGGCAGGCCAAGAGGGUGGGCGACUGUAACCUGCGCGCUGCCCUCAUCCCUUCGGUGCAGUUUCAGGAGAGGCGACUGAGAUACAGGAUGAAAAUGGGUUCCGUGUCUGCUCCCAUUUCCCCAAAAGCUCCCACAUAUGAACGGGCCGAUAGAGAAGACUGUGACAAUAAGAGUGCUGUGAAUGGAAAGGACAUAGUUUCUCCCAAGAGUAAGGCAGCCCCUGCCUUCUGUGGCCAUGCUUUCUCAUGGGAUUUUUACUCAGCUAGCCUACGCAGAAGCUUCCGCCACAGGAAAGAUCGCCAGGGUUCUCCUGGUGAAGCGCACACUCCUGACGCCAAUCACACAGAGUUCCUGAUUUACGAGGAAGUCGCACAAUAUUUUCCACGUCCUGGAGAGAGACCUCGCCUUAUAACACUCAUAGGUUCACUUGGAACACGGAUCGCUGAGCUCAAACAGAAGGUGAUUGCUGAGAAUCUGCGGCGGUACGGUUUGGCUGUGCCUCACACCACUCGAGCCAGGAAGAGUCAUGAGAGAGAAGGAGUGGAGUACCACUUCAUCAGUAAAGCUGCUUUUGAGGCAGACAUCCAGAAUGGCAAGUUUAUUGAGUACGGCGAGUAUAAAGAGAAUCUCUAUGGCACCAGUUUGGACUCCAUUCACAGAGUUUUGGAUCAGAACAAGGUCUGUCUGGUGGAUGUGCAGCCAGAGGCAUUGAAGACUCUCCGCACCGCUGAGUUCAAACCAUAUGUCAUCUUUGUAAGGCUUCGCAUCGGUGAUGGUCAGAGAAAGCAGUUUGGCUCCUCUUCCUCACUCAGCGUAGGGGUCACGGACGAUGACUUGCAGGAAAUGAAGCAGUCGGCAGAGCAAAUGGACGAAUGCUACGGCCACUGGGUCGACUACGUGUUGGUAAAGGAAGAUCCAGCUAGUGCCUUAGCAGAGCUCCAGGUUGUAUUGGAAAAAGUACAGAUGGAGCCACAGUGGGUGCCUGCGUCCUGGGUGAGGCGCUAGCCAGCUGACCUUCCAAAUAGAAGAAGAGGACAGAACUAUGGCGUGCCUCUGAAGGUGCUGAGCAUUUGGACUGAUCCAGUGUUUUACUGCCGUGUAACCAUUCCACAAAUGAGUAUGUGAGUCACUGUAAAAGAACAUUCAACAGGCCUGUUGCAGAGUGGUCAGCAUAGAAUGACCACAGUAGUCAGAUAGUGCUGGUGUACAUACCGUAUAUCCUGAUAGUGCAGUGGCUUUAUAUGAGAAAGGUAUGUAGUACAAGCAUGCAGGACAAAGUUCCUACAGCAACUUGUUGUCAAAAACAUCUGCACUCAGUGUGGUCAGCUAUGUAAGCCCCCUAUUAUAACAGCAGCUAUAAUGUGAAGUGCCAUAUUGAAUAUGUUAACUGUAAAGCAGAAGAAAUCUGAAGACCAUAUGACUGAUUUUGCUUUGACAAUAGUUUGAGUUUAGUGAAGUGGGUUGAAUUUGUCUACAUUUGCUUGAGAAAUAAAACAAGACCAACUCUGUUUAUUGGGGAAACUAUUUUACUGAUGGAUCACACUCAUGAAACAAUUAUAAACCAUAAACAAAAGGGAAAUAUACAUAUGUGGUUGCAUUGUGUGCAAGAAUACACAAGGCCUUUUACUUCCAAAGCUUCUUGAUGGACAUGUUCUUCUCACUGUCUUUCUGCAUGACCUGAUAAAGUUAAACUGGGUUAGUAUAGUGCAAGACGUGAACACUGCAUUCAAAAAUUAGCUUUAGGUUAUACUGACCUUUGCCACCGCCAUCUCAAAGUCCUCCUGAGUGACGUGCACUCUCCGUUCUCUCAGAGCAUACAUCCCUGCCUCUGUGCAG